UUCGGGGCCCCCUAGCGGCCGGGGGCACGAGGCAACCACUUUAAUCAUUUAUGUCAAAGACCGGCCCUGGUUUUCAGUGGGAGUGAGCAGCUGCCAUUCAGCAGGCACCGAGGAGUACUGACUGCAACAAACGCGCAACUGCAGAUGAAGGAAGGAAUGGAGGGAGUGAAUAUAGCAACGGUCCCAAAUACAGCACAUUCACACUCUUCGGGGGUGUGCGUUUGUCCACACAGAGCUCGAACCACUGCAUUCAAUAAGCAUUCAAACGGAGAAGGGGAGAGGGAAACGCUGGUACUUAUCUGAACAAGCUCCCACACAUGCUGAGGGGCCGAGGCCAUUCCCACUGGCGAUAUUACUGCAGUAGAUUGCUUUGACGCCAGCAGCAAGACAUACCCCAUGCGGCAGAGACGCGUCGCAUUUGUCGCUGGUAAAAAGCUACUGGGGCGCCUAUUUACCACCCCCCGCUGUUAUCCUUAUAUUUUGUUUCGGUUUAUCGCACUGUGCUCUGCUGAGAGUGUGUUCGUCAUCCAGUGUAUUUUGGCCGCUGCUUGAAACUGACAAACAUUGUUCAUUGACGCGCCCGAAACGUCUGCAGAGGUGGAGACGCCAGGGAGCGGUUGUUGUGGAGCAGGUUUUGAUAUUUUGCGAUAAAUGCCAUUCAGCCAGAACGUGCAGUCGUCUGUGAGCACGCUGUCGCCAACGUCGAUAGACUGCUGCUUCACAAAUCGGAUUUUUACAAUUAUCUUUUAAAAUCAUGAUUUGACAAAUGGGUUAAUUAUUUCCAUGCAAGAGAUUACUACGAAGACAGGUCAAUAGAAGUACGCAUGGAUGUUUGUAUAAUGUAGUCACACAACGAUAGUUCCUGCAGAGGUAUUCAGUUAAUAUCAAUCACCAUCGAAAAAAGCAUUUUUUUGCGGUAUUGUAUCAAAAUGCCGGCGGGAAUGAAGCCCCUGGAAAAGUUUUUGAAGAAACAGACAACGGCGCUCACUCGAGCUGGUGGCUUUGGGGAGAAGGCGACUGGCACUGGCGCUUCUCGGCGGCGAGCCAGCCUGUCUCGGGUGGUUCCGUUUUUCAGGGAGACUUCUCCAGAGAGCGGUCCGGCCAGGGAGGUGUUCAGCCCGGACACUGAGGAAGCACCGUGCUGGCCCUCGGCCACUGCGGACAUUAGGAGCCCGUCGCUGUCUAGCGAUGAGCAAAGCUCCGAGGCGAGUCUGGACACGAGCUGGACCCAGCUGCCUGCGGACACACCGGACAACCUGGCGCUGGCGCUCCUGGACAGUGUGGCGGGCAAACGAUAUGGCAACUGCACAGAAACACUCCUGGAUGACUUCAUGUUGACACACCCAAUCUUCCUGGCCUCGGACAGGUUCCAGCAGGUCCUACUCCAGCAAUUUGGUGUCGAGGGGAAGGCAGGGGAGGGCUGGCCCAGCUGGGACGGGGCAGAGAGGAAGCAGGCUGUGCUGAGUGUUGCCUUCCGUUACCUGGACACAUACAGAGAACUGCUGCAGGAAGAGGGCGAGAGGUCCAACAGCUUCCCCAAGGAGCUAUAUCUGUGUGCAGUCCAAGAACUCAGUCAGUUCCCCGAGCUCGUGGAAGAUGUGCUGAAGCUUCAGCGCUGGACCGAGAUCCUCCAAUGCCCCAGCUCAGAGGAGGACAAGGAGAUUCGGAAGAAGCAGGUCCGCCCUCUUUUCCGCCACUUCCGUCGCAUCGAUGCCUGUCUGCAGCCCAGAGAGGCCUUCCGGGGCUCAGAUGAGAUCUUUUGCAGGGUGUACACGCCGGACCACUCGUACGUGACGAUCCGCAGCCGUCUGUCGUGCCGCGUGGGGGAGAUACUGGCACUAGUCAGGGAGAAGCUGCAGUACAGCGAAGACCAGCCAACCCAACCUGGCAACCUGCUGCUGGUGGCUGUCACCUCCGCCGGGGAGAAGACUGCUUUCCGGCCUAGCGACGAGGCGGUCUUCACCACCCUGGGAGUCAACACUCACCUGUUUGCCUGCGAGCCCUCCGAGCUGGAGAGCCUGCUUCCCUUACCUGAGGAGAUCCACUGGUCACCCGGCGACAGUAAACUCCAUGACAUGAGUGCUGAGGAGGUAGCCACUCAGCUGGUGGUGUUUGACUGGGAGCUCUUUAGCUGCGUGCAUGAGGUGGAGUUUGUGUGCUAUGUGUUCCACGGCGAGCAGGCUCGCUGGCGCCCCCUCAACCUUGAGCUGGUACUGCAGCGAUGCAGUGAGGUGCAGCAUUGGGUCGCCACCGAGAUCCUGCAGUGCCAGUCGCUGCCCAAGAGGGUGCAGCUCCUCCGCAAGUUCAUCAAGAUCGCAGCUCUGUGUAAGCAGCAGCAGGAUCUGCUGUCCUUCCUAGCUGUUGUUCUGGGGUUGGACAACCCUGCAGUCAGCCGCCUUCGCCUCACCUGGGAGGGCCUACCUGGGAAGUUCAGGAAGCAGUUCCAGCAGUUUGAGAGCAUUGCGGAUCCAUCCAGGAACCACAAGUCGUACAGAGACCUGAUGGGCAGCCUCAGGCCCCCUCUCAUCCCCUUCACACCGCUGCUGCUCAAAGAUCUGACCUUCCUCCACGAGAGCUGCAAGUCGUUUCAUGGGGAGCUUGUCAAUUUUGAGAAGAUGCAUAAAGUUGCAGAGAUGGUGAGGAGCAUCAGACGAUACAGGAGCUCCCAACUAGCUUUGGAUGCAGAGCCUUCUCCCUCUCACCUCCAGACCAAGGCCUACAUUCGCCAGCUGCAGGUCAUUGACAAUCAGAACCUGCUCUUUGAAAUGUCCUGCAAGAUGGAGCCCAAAGACAUGUGAGAGAAAGUGUAAGAAGAGGGAAGACUAAAGAGGGAGAUCGCCCAUACUCCCCCCUUCUCCACUGCAACUCUGCCCUCCUCAAUGGCCUCAACUCUGAUUGGAUGAAUCAGCUAGCCAUUUUUGUAACUUCGCUAUGCUCUGUGUUUUCCUGGCUCCCUCCCUCCCGGUCUGUUUGUCACGAGCCACCGCUGAUUUUGUGUACAAUACUCAGACUGCUGGAAACGGCUGAGAAAAAUGACUGGAACUCUUUUCUUUGAAGCCUUGUACGUGUGAGGAGGAGGUUUCAGGACUGACUUGAGUAGCAGAUUGGACAGCCAUUUUGUGCAGAGGAUGAAUGAAUAGUAGACUUUUGUUUGAUUUGUUUUUGUUUCCCCAACACCAAGUCAUGCUUUUGCUUUCACGUCCAACUGAAACCUGUCCAGUUUGCACUGCCACCAAACCCCCUUCCCCAACUGAACCUUUCUGAACUUACCCAAACCAGGAUAGCCAGGUUAGCCCAAAUGGGGAAAGGCCGGCUUUGUUUUACUAGACCAGUUGAACUGAAGUCUCUGACAUUUGACCCCCAGACAGACUGUAUUCCUGCUAUUGUCCCACCUUUUCUCUGUGAACUACUCGGACGUGAGACAAUCUAACCCUGUGACCUCUAACUCUUGGCCCCUCCCCUCCAGCCAACAUGGGCACUUACCACCGACCACUCAGUGGCAGCCCUCAACGAGUCAGCGACAAUUGGAUAAUAGAAAAUAUACUCCUGUACUAGUACUUCUGGGAUAAAAUAAACCCAGAGUUUAUACCUCUGAACAAAAGCUUCCACCGUGUCACAAGAAGAUGUGGUAUUCUGACUGAUGGUGGAAUGAAAAGUCUCUAAACCCCAUUUGUGCUGCGGGCUUAUUGGCUCCCCACAUCAAAGAUCUCUCAUUGGCUGAGUCAGUUGUUGAUUGACAGCUCUUGAUAAUCCCACCAUUUGGGGGGGGUUCAGACUGAGGCCUCAGGUUCACCAUCACAAGACAAACUCUUCUUUAUGUACAGUACAGAUGAUGGCAGCCAACAUAUUUGUAUCAACCAAGCACUUUUGCCUGACCUCAGGGUACAUUUCAAUGAGGAUAAUAAAUACAGCAUGAGAAUUGUUUGUGAUUGUACAAAAUGUUCAGUAUAGUUCAGUUCAGUAUGAUUUUUAUCGCAAUUUAACAAAGCCAUUGUCACAACUCUCAACAAAAGAACCAAGGCCCGUUUUAUUUUAUAGGCAUGGUACCAUCAUCAUGGCCACUUGUACUGCACCAUAGUUUCUAAUAUGCUGAUUGAUGAAUUUUCUCGUUGAAAAUGGACCCAGUGACGCUGACAACACUUGUUUGCCUGCAAAUCUCUCAGGAUCCCUGGGUCACGACCUUCGCGGAGGGCUGCCUGGCAAUGCCUGUACGAUAAAGCUGUAAUGUAAAUAUUCUAUGUGUAAAUAGCUAAAUAAUAUGGAGACUCUAUUUUAUGUAAGAUGCAAGGAGAUUAUUUUAUUUGUUUUUGUAAAUCUGAGAACGGGUGUAAAUGGAGACAGAAAUGGAGUCUGCUACUGUAGUUGAGGUGAAUUGAUGAAUUGUACAGCAUAUUUCUUCUGUUUUUUGUUUUCUUAAGCGAGACUGGGUGGGGUGGGGGGGAAUUUGACUCGCGUGGAGUUUUGUUUUUGUACAGAAGUCAGUGUUUACAGUCAUCUCUCCUGAAACUCAGAUGUGUCAUUAGAUGUGGCCCAAGGUUAUAUCAGAGCAGUUGUAUCAAACCCACCCUUAACCCUUAGGCAAUGUGUAGUUCUGGUGUAAUUGGGUAGGUGGUAAUGUAGUAGUACCUCCACUUUGCCCUGUGAUAGGCCAGAUGGAAUUUUCACUACAUUUAUAUUACUUACACCUAUCACCUGUUUAGGAGGUUGGGGCUGAGGGUUUGGGAGUCGAUCUGUUCUUUUUAACCAUGGGGAGGCCCUUCACUCUGGCCUCAGUUACCACGCACCUAAAUAAAGCCUCUUCUGAUGA